AGAUGUUUAAUGUUAGCAGGCGCUUCAAGCGUCUCCUCUACCUCUUAUUCUUCCUUCUAUGCAUCCUAUAUGUUAAAUACCUUCACUCUGUAUACCUUGAAAAUGAAUCAUUCAGUAGCGUAGACGUCGACUUCUCGGAACUGAGACGGUCCACCAAAGAAAAUUACAUCUUAUCUGCGGAUUAUAUUCUACUUGUAAAACGAUGCACCACAUCGUCCAAAUCGGCAAGUCACGCCCUCUUGGCGUCACUAAAGCUACAAGUAAAAGUCAAGGAAAUAUCAGAUGAUGAUGAUUCAUUCACGCUUAGUAAACCUCUGCCUUACUUGAUAAUUCUCGACGAUAACACAAUUGUGCAUUUUCUGAAAGAGCCGAUCUAUCAAAUUGCACGAAAUGUCAUUAUAGCCAAUUCUGUUCCAAUUGUUGCGAUAUGUGCGAACUUUGAGCAGUGCAAUUAUCAUGCUCGAGCGCUUCCACCCGCAAUAGCUUACUACAAAUCUUACGUGCGCACUUCAGAUCAUGAACUACUGGAGAUACUGAAGCAGAGAUUCGUGUACGAGAACAUUAGCUCUACAUCGCUAGUGUUUAGUUUGAGCCCGCAAUCUAAGGAAACAGUAAAUGGGAUCCAGCCUCUAGUUGAAAUUCCAGCUAACAAUGUUGAUCUGAAUAAAAUUCCGGAAAAUAUGCGAAGUGAGGUUAAGAAAUCAAAGCUCAUUUCAGCGUAUUAUGACUCGGGGAAAGUUGACUCGAUUCCCAAAGUUGUGCUUGGGAAUGACUUGAAGGGCAACGAUUGGCUUUACAAAGUACUGUUCCUUGAAGCUUGCAAUUACGUCACAAAAAGGAAACUAUCUUUUGGAUUGACUCGCUUAAUUCAAGUUGAUAUAGAUGAUGUUUUGAUGCCGGCAAAACUACGAGAGAAUGCUCUCACAAAAACGGAUAUCAAUGAAUUGAUUAAGUUCCAAAAAAGUGUGAGUAGUUUCAUCCCAAAUUUCGGUUUGAAGCUCGGGUUUUGUGGUGAUUUUUUCACACGUGGCAGGCACCCUGAAGAGAUCGAGGCCUUCAAGUACCUCGCAAGGAGUCGCAAAGAUGAGUUCACAUGGUUCCCCCAUUUGUUCAGACAUUACCAACCUCAUAAUCUGACCUUCAACAAGCUGCGUGAAGAGAUGCUAGAAAACAAAAAGUUCGCUGCAAAAUACGGCAUAAAAGUGGACGGUUCUUACGCUGUGUCACCUCAUCAUUCUGGAGUUUACCCUGUAGUUCACAUUUUGUACCAACUUUGGAAGGAUAUCUGGAAUGUUUCAGUCACUUCCACAGAACAAUACCCACAUUUGAAGUCAAGUCAUGGGAGAAAGGGUUUCAUUUAUAACGAUAUUUCAGUGUUACCUCGGCAGGUGUUGGGUCUCUACACAAGAACUUUGAGGUUCAAUGAUUACCCGGGUGGGAUAUUAGGCCUGGAAAGAGACGUCAGAGGGGGUGAUUCUUUCAUGACCAUCCUUCUAAACCCAGUGGCUAUCUACAUGACUCAUAUAGGCAACUAUGGAGCAGAUCGCUUAGCUCUCUAUGCAUUGAGAAAUCUGUUCCAUUUCGUGGCCACAAACACUAAUUUGAAGCUCAGAUCUGCGUCGCCAGCUCAGAUGGCACAAUACCAUUUCAAUGUGUUCCCUGAACAGACUUUACCUGUGUGGACCAUGCCGUGCGAUGACAAGCGACACAUGGAAAUUGUACCCAAGGGAUUCAAGUGUGACUCAUUCCCGCAGAUGAUAAUAGUGGGUCCUCAGAAAACGGGAACCUCGGCCUUUCAGUUUUUCCUCUCAGCUCAUCCAGACUUCUCUACCAGUCUUCCCAGUGACCAAUCAUUUGAAGAAAUCCAAUUUUUCAACAAUGAUGGCUACUAUUUGAAAGGAAUAGACUGGUACAAAAGUCGCUUUCCAAUAAUGGCUCGUAGCAGCCAAGUUAAUUUCGAAAAAAGUGCCAGUUAUUAUGAUAAAUAUAAAGUUCCACACCGCAUCAAAAGCCUCUUGCCUAAUGUCAAAAUCUUGAUGCUCCUGCGAAAUCCUAUCGAUCGAGCCUACUCGUGGUAUUUGAACGAAGUUUCUAAGAUGGAAAAAGUGUCUUUAACUUUUUCAGAGCUGAUUCGUUCCAACCUGACAGAUCCAGACGCGCCUGAUUUCAUUUUCAGAUCCAAAGUUUUGACUCCUGGCUUCUAUUUCAAACACAUCAGAAGGUGGCUGGAAACUUUCGCGCUCAAAUCCGUUUACUUUGUAGAUGCAGACUUCUUUGCUGAAAAACCCGCGGAGGAACUUCAGAAGUUUAUAAAGUGGUUCAGACCUGAAGAAAAGCCCGUUUUCAAUUUCUCAACUAUUAUUGAGUUCAACAAAGAGAAGGGCUUGUACUGUCUUAAAAAGUCGGUGUCAGCUAAAAACUGCUUGGGGGCUUCAAAAGGGCGUUCCUUUAGUCAGUCAUAUGACAAGCUUCUUCCAGUUGAUCGAGAGUUUUUGAGAAAUUUCUACAUGGCUGACAUGCAAAAUUUGAAACUUAUGUUCGAAAAGAAGAAUAUUUCAAUACCCACGUGGUUGCGAACUUGGCGUUAAUUUUUAGUUAGAGCUAAGUUCUCUUUUAAAAUGUUGUCUGAUAACUUACUAUUUUUAUGCAACUUUUGGCUUUCGAAAGUUUGAGAUACUACUAUUGAGAUACUAAUAUUGCUAUUGUUGAAAAAUUAUCAGGAGCAUUUUCAUUUUGAUUAUUCUUAAUUGCAGUUUCAAGCAAGUUUUGCAAUAAUUCUGUCAACUUUUUUGUUUAGUUUUUCUAUUUUCACUUUGCA